AUGGUUUCCUUUGACGUGACCAACCUUUUCACUUGUACCCCCAAAGACGAGAGUGUGAAAAUCGUGAACCAGUUUCUUAUAAGUCAGCAGAUUCCCGAACAAACCCGCAUUGAUGUCAUCACUCUCCUCAAUUUCUGCCUUUCACAAGACUAUUUCUUGUUCAACAAAAAGUUCUUCCAACAACUAGACGGACUGGGGAUGGGAAAUCCACUUUCACCUUUCAUCGCAGACGCAUUUAUGGAUUUUGUGGAAAAGAUAAUCCUCACACGGUUUAACCAUGUUAUUUUACACUGGUCGAGAUACGUCGAUGACAUCUUCGUCCUCAUCAGAGAAUCUUUGAUGUCUCCAACUGAACUUCUCCAUGAGAUUAACAAAAUACACCCAAAUAUCAAAUUUACCUUAGAAGUUGAAACCCAGGGAUCAAUCGACUUCCUUGACUUGACCAUCAGUAGAAGCGAGGAGAGUUUCUCUUACAAGAUCUUCCAUAAACCCACACAGACCGAUGUACUUAUACAUGCAGACUCCAACCAUCCGAGGUCGCAUAAAAUGGCCGCUUUUCACUCUUUCGCCAAUAGACUCCUGUCAGUUCCCAUGACCGAAUUUGACUAUGAAACCGAACUGAACAUCAUACAGCAGUUGGCUCAGAACAACGGUUACAACCCCUCCAUAAUCACUUCUCUAAUCGAGAGGAUCAAGAGAAGGAAUCUAGUGAGGAUCGCCUAUCCGUCCGUUCCCGACAGCGCACCCGCCAGAAAAUUCUUCUCCCUCCCUUUUAUCAACACAAGAACUUACGAGGGUUCAGUUAAAAUCCUCAAACGCGCUUUCCCAGACAUUGAAAUAUCCGCAAAAACAACUAACACUCUGGGCCUCCACUUGAUUAAUACAAAGGAAAAAACCCAUGACCUGGAAAGGAGUGGAAUAUAUAGAUUGGACUGUGGCGACUGUGAAGCUACCUACAUCGGUAGAACCUUUAGGCAGUUAAAGACUAGAAUAUCCGAACAUCUGAGAUAUCCCGACAAGUCAGUUUUUGGACAUCAUGUCAAGUUCAAUAAUCACGCAUUCAGUCCACAGGGGAACUCCAAGAUUAUCCUGAGGACAGACACCAAAAACCUAACAAGACUUGACUUUUUAGAGAAUAUUCAUAUAGAAGACGAAAUUAUGAAAAAUGACAAAUGCUUGAAUAUUCAAACGAACUUGAACCUAAAUAAAUCUUAUAUCCCAUUAUUCAAGAAAAUUUAA